UGAACUCGGCACGGGGCGGAGAGAAAGGGCGCGCUACGUGCGCGCGGGACCUUCAGACGUCGGCGCGGGCGGGCGGCUCCGCGUGGCCUAGGGCUCCUUUGCCCCGCCCCGCUGCCGCCGCGCCAUUGUGGCGUCUACUUCCGGGCCCUCACCACCAUUAGCGAAACCAACGAGAAGAAACCACCUGCAUCUAGAGCAGCCCGACCAGGAACGUAACCGAGUGGCGCGCGAACGUGAGAGGAAAGCCGUGCGCGGCUGCGCUUUCCCGCCCCUGAGCCGCUCUAGACGCGGGAAAAAUGCUUUCUGAAAGCAGUUCAUUUUUGAAGGGUGUAAUGCUUGGAAGCAUUUUCGGUGCCUUGAUCACUAUGCUAGGACACAUUAGGAUUGGUCAUGGAAAUAGAAUGCACCACCAUGAGCAUCAUCACCUACAAGCUCCUAAUAAAGAAGAUAUCUCGAAAAUUUCAGAGGAUGAACGCAUGGAGCUCAGUAAGAGCUUUCGAGUAUACUGUAUCAUCCUUGUCAAACCCAAAGAUGUGAGUCUCUGGGCUGCAGUGAAGGAGACUUGGACCAAACACUGUGACAAAGCAGAGUUCUUCAGUUCUGAAAAUGUUAAAGUGUUUGAGUCAAUUAACAUGGAAACAAAUGACAUGUGGUUAAUGAUGAGAAAAGCUUACAAAUACGCCUUUGAUAAAUAUAGAGACCAAUACAACUGGUUCUUCCUUGCACGCCCCACUACGUUUGCUAUUAUUGAAAACUUAAAGUACUUUUUGUUAAAAAAGGAUCCAUCACAACCUUUCUAUCUAGGCCACACUAUAAAAUCUGGAGACCUCGAGUAUGUGAGUAUGGAAGGAGGAAUUGUCUUAAGUGUAGAAUCAAUGAAAAGACUUAACAGCCUUCUCAGUAUUCCUGAAAAGUGUCCUGAACAGGGAGGGAUGAUUUGGAAGAUAUCUGAAGAUAAGCAGCUAGCAGUCUGCCUGAAAUACGCUGGAGUAUUUGCAGAAAAUGCAGAAGAUGCUGAAGGAAAAGAUGUAUUUAACACCAAGUCUGUUGGGCUUUUUAUUAAAGAGGCAAUGACUAAUCACCCCAACCAGGUAGUAGAAGGAUGUUGUUCAGAUAUGGCUGUUACUUUUAAUGGACUGACGCCUAAUCAGAUGCACGUAAUGAUGUACGGGGUAUACCGUCUUAGGGCAUUUGGGCAUAUUUUCAAUGAUGCAUUGGUUUUCCUACCUCCAAAUGGUUCUGAUAAUGACUGAGAAGUGAAACAAGAGCAUGUAUAUGAUCACCGUAAAGGACAUGUGGUGUUGUUAUUUGUAGUAACAACUGCAUAUCCAACACAGCAGUAUGUUUCUUUUUUUUUCUUUUUCAGUUUGGUGGCACUGGUUUAUUCGCACAUUGAAGUUUAGUAAUACAUUUUAAAAUAGGGUGGGGUUUUUUUCCUUAAAACAUAUAUGAAAAUUUCAACUGUGUUGGAAAGAAAUGUUUUAAGAAUAAUUUUACAAAUAAAGGAUAUAUUUAUAAAUAAUAUAUUUAUGUGAUAAAUUCUAAAUUAUUAACAUUAAAAAUCUGUGUGGCACAUGUUUUUGCUGAUUGGUUAAAAAAUUUAACAUGUCUUUUUAGCUUUCCAAGAUAUGCAAAUGAAAUCUCUAGUUGUGAAUUUGUGAUUAAAGUAAAACUUUUAGCUAUGUGUUUCUGUUACUUCUAAUGUUGGUUUAUGUUCUAAGCCUUCGCAAGUGCCAAUGGAUUUGCUUUCUCAAAAUACACAACCAAGCAAUAAAGGGAAUGUUCCCAACCACUGUUAAGUGAAAGUUGAAAUCUAUCCCUGAGAGAAAAAGUGAAAAUUACUUAUAAAGGUUAAUAAUUUUCCUGGGAGCUAAUUUAGUGGCAUCCCUCAGCAUACACAAUUUCAGUGUAACCCUCUGUACUUCUCUAUGCAGAUAUUGAAGUUGGAGUGGUGACUAUAAAGAAUGUAAUGUCGGGCUUCCCUGGUGGCGCAGUGGUUGAGAGUCCGCCUGCCGAUGCAGGGGACACGGGUUCGUGCCCUGGUCUGGGAAGAUCCCACAUGCCGCGGAGCGGCUGGGCCUGUGAGCCAUGGCCGCUAAGCCUGUGCGUCCAGAGCCUGUGC